UGCUUUUUUUUUUUGCAUUAUUUUAACGGAAGAUGUCUUUUGUAUUACUUGAAAUAUUAAUUGAUAACUCUUUAACAGUGUGCAUUUGUUAUAUUUCUCUGCAUGCUGCAUUCUGGAAUUUUACAUUAUCUCAUGAAACAUUCUGCGUGUGCUAUUUAUGUAUUAGAUUCCUCGUAGUAGGUUCAAGAAAAAACAGCCUCUUCAAUUAAUGACUACAGUUGCCACUCCAGUAUUUGAUAAACGAAAUAUCAAGUCCGCUAGUUUAUUGGGAGUGGCUGGUACUGAUGUUCCUAUCAGGGAAAUUACUAAAUUAACAAGAGCUUAUAAGAUUGGAGUCAAUGCUUAUUCAUUUGCAAUUACAAAUAAUGGGCAUGUACUUUUUCAUCCAGAGCUUAGACCAUUGUUUCAAGAGUUACUUAAGCCAGGAUACAGAAAUGUUGACCUAACAGAGGUUGAACUAGUUGACACAAAUUCCGGUUUGUAUGAAUUUGAAGAUCAGUUGCUAAUAAUAAGAAAAAACAUGGUAGACAGAAGAAUAGGUUGGGGGAAAAUGGCUGUGAAAAUUCCAAUCGAAGGCUUUCAGAAAAGAAUUGUUACUCGGAAUAAUUCUUACUACUAUGGACCUAUUGAUGACACUCCUUUUUCAUUAGCUGUUUCUUUGCCUGAACCUUAUGGCCAUUAUAGAGUAAUAGGAAAAGUUGAAGUGAAAAGGAAAGAAGAAGAUUGGAUGGACUAUUUUCGUGGUGAUAACUGGAGAGUCCAUCCUGAUUGGGUAUAUUGUGAAAACCCCCAAAAAGAGGAUGAUGGUUAUACAUCUGCUGAAGACAGUAUUAGAACGUUUUUAACUGACUCUCUUGCUAAUCAAAAUUUUAGAUGGAGAACAAGCAGCACCCGUCCCCCAAUAUUUGACAAACCAAUAUGUGAAAAAGAUUUAAUACAAAGUCUGGUGUUUGAUGCUAAAGCAACUUCUGUAGAAUGUGAAAAAAUAACUUCAAUGGAUGAGCAAAAAUUUGUGAAGAUGUUUGGUAUAACUGUUACAUUUAUUGCAACAAGAAGUGGACUUUUAAGAUUUGUAGAUCUCCGAUCUUCAGCUGAUAAAUACAAUUCAACUGAAAAGCCAAUAUUUGAAACUCAUACAAAAGCAACUGAAGAAGAAUACUACAAACGAGCAGUAGAUUUCCAUAACAUCAAUAGUUCAGCAUUCGUCUUUUCAGUACCUUAUGAUGCUGGUAACAAGAAAGGUAGUUUAGUCACUGGAAGCCAUGCCAUAUUUCUUGGAAGUGGGAAAAAAAGAGCCCCAGCUGCUGUUGUAGGAUUGCAGUUUCACCAUUCAACUUUUGCUGAUCAAUUUUUUGAUCAUACCUCUAAAUGUAUGCAACAGUGCAGGUAUAGAUGCAAAGAUGAGGAAUUGGAUUGUUUUCUCUUGGAUAACAAUGGUUUUAUAAUAGUUUCAGAAAAACAUGAGCAUACUGGAAAAUUCUUUGGAGAAAUUGAUUAUACGCUGUUUGAUUCUAUGAUAGAAAUAGGAAUUUAUAAAAGGGUGCAUGCCUAUGAUUAUCAAGCAAUUUGUCUUGAAAAUGAUCCAUUUUAUGGAUUUGCUCCCUUUCUUAUAACGCCAUUCCAUCAUAUGAGAAAUCUUCUAAACUGGAUUUGGGGCAAGCUUGCUUUUUUGUAUAUUCAAUUCAGUCUUUAUGAAUGGUGGUCCAAAGAUUGGGUUUUAGCAUCAUCAAGUGAAUACGAUUACACUGAAAAAGAUGAUGUGCCAAACAAAACAGUUCCUAGUCCCUGUGAGAAAGAGAUAGAUCUCUUUGAAAUGUUACCAAGAGAUUUUGUUGAGCCAGUGAAAGGCAGACUUUCAAUGUGCCAUUCUUCAGGCUGUGAUAAGCAAUUUAUAGUUCAACAAGUACCUUACACCAAUCUUGUUAUGCUUGUCGUUUACACUACUUGUCCUUGUGAAACUACUUCAUUAAAGUUAGAGCCAAAAGAAGUUCAUCAAAAUGAGACGUUAAGAUGCUUAAGAAUGAAGCAAAACAUUUAUAGACGUCGUCCAAAUGUCUGUCUUAAUUAUCACCCAGAGGAGGCAGAUUUAAAUCACGAAUGUGGUGGAUCUAGCCAUACCAAAGCUCAUAGUAUUUCUAACCUAAUAAUAGGACUGACAACUCUUUAUUAUAUUGUGCAGCAUUUUCAUGUCUGAACAGAAUUAAUUUCUGUGUCCUUGCCUUGUAAUGAAGGAGGCUUAUCCAAAUGGUACUACCUGUCUUGCUGAUACAGACAUUGUUGUUUGAUUGUUGCAUAUUCUGUGUCUGUGCCAACUAGCCUGGGCGUACAGUACUGAAGGACAAACUAUCUGUAAAGAUUUCAUGAAGGUCCAUGUGUGAUAUAACAAAAGUCUUUAACUCUUAAGGGCAUUAUCACAGAUUUUUAAAGCAGGUUUAAAUUUUAUUGGCUUCUAUAUUACUAUGUGAAAGUUAUUAAUUGCAUAUCAUGUACACAAAUUGAGUGCAUUGUUAAAGUAACUUUUUAUUGUAUUGGACAUAUCAAUAAAAGUAAAAAAAGAAAAUUUUCACAAUUUUUAAAAAAAAAUUCACUUGAAAAUAAUUGUUUUCCUUGAUGUUUUAAAAUAUAUCUAUUUAGAUUCUAAAUCAGGUUAUGCAGACAAUAAACUUGUUAUGUUUUUUAAUAAAAUAAUUACAUAUCAUUCAAAAUUCCUGUCUUGCAAUUAUCGUUGCAUUAAAUAUAGGAAAAUAAAUAGUCGCAUAUCAAUCAAAAACUAUUUUCUGUUAAUAUUAUUUCAAGUAUAUUAUUAAAAAGGAUUCAUAUCACUCUAAAUAUAUAUUUUGUGCUGCAUUGCAUGUAAUGGUAAGAAGUAAUAAUAAAUAAUUAUAAUUUUAUUAUUGUAAUUGCCAAACACUAUUUUUAAUUACUUUUUUUAAUUGUACUAAGAAAAAUCAAACCAUAUCCUAGUGUUUAAUUUU